CAGGUCAUCAAGCAGCUCAUGAAGAAGGAAUUCACUUUGGAAUUUUCCAGAGACAGGAAGUCUAUGUCCGUAUACUGCACUCCAAAUAAAGCACGGUCCUCUGUUGGCAAGAUGUUUGUAAAGGGUGCCCCAGAGGGAGUUAUUGACAGGUGCACACACAUCCGUGUUGGCAGCAACAAGGUGCCGAUGACCCCUGGCAUCAAGGAGAAGAUCAUGUCUGUGAUCAGAGAGUAUGGGACCGGCAGAGACACUCUGCGCUGCCUGGCUCUGGCGACGCGAGAUAACCCUGUAAACAAAGAGAACCUUGUAUUGGAAGACUCUUCUCGCUUUGUGGAAUAUGAGACUGAUCUGACGUUUGUGGGUUGCGUCGGCAUGCUGGAUCCACCCAGAGCGGAGGUGGCCGCUUCCAUCAGGCUUUGCCGUCUUGCAGGCAUCAGAGUAAUCAUGAUCACCGGAGACAACAAGGGUACAGCAGUAGCCAUCUGCAGACGUAUUGGCAUCUUUGGGGAGGAGGACGAUGUUUCCAGCAUGGCUUUCACUGGCAGAGAGUUUGAUGACCUCUCACCUGCCGCACAGAGAGAUGCUGUGGUCAAGGCUCGUUGCUUCGCUCGCGUUGAGCCAGCACACAAAUCCAAGAUCGUCGAGUAUCUGCAGUCCUACGAUGAGAUCACAGCUAUGACCGGUGACGGAGUGAACGAUGCCCCUGCUCUGAAGAAGGCUGAGAUUGGCAUUGCCAUGGGCUCCGGAACAGCUGUGGCCAAAACUGCGUCGGAGAUGGUGCUGGCUGAUGAUAACUUUUCCACCAUCGUAGCUGCAGUCGAGGAAGGCAGAGCCAUUUAUAACAACAUGAAGCAGUUCAUCAGAUACCUCAUCUCCUCCAAUGUUGGUGAAGUUGUCUGCAUCUUCCUGACUGCAGCUCUGGGUUUCCCAGAGGCACUCAUCCCCGUUCAGCUCCUCUGGGUCAACCUGGUGACUGAUGGGUUGCCCGCCACUGCCUUAGGAUUCAAUCCCCCCGACUUGGACAUCAUGAGCAAACCUCCACGAAAUGCUCGGGAGCCCCUCAUCUCCGGAUGGCUUUUCUUUAGAUACCUUGCCAUUGGAUGUUACGUUGGAGCUGCUACUGUUGGCGCCGCUGCUUGGUGGUUUGUUGCUGCUGAGGAUGGACCAAGGAUCACCUUUUACCAGCUGAGCCAUUUCCUGCAAUGUGGCCCAGAGAACCCCGACUACCAGGGUCUGGACUGUAAGGUUUUUGAGUCCCCUUACCCCAUGACCAUGGCCCUGUCGGUGUUGGUUACUAUAGAGAUGUGCAAUGCCCUCAACAGUGUGUCAGAGAAUCAGUCGCUGCUGCGGAUGCCUCCCUGGGAGAACGUUUGGCUGCUGGGUGCCAUCUGCCUCUCCAUGUCCCUUCACUUCCUCAUCCUCUAUGUGGAGCCACUUCCAAUCAUCUUCCAGAUCACCCCUCUUAACCUCACCCAGUGGCUAAUGGUGCUGAAGAUCUCGCUGCCCGUCAUCCUGCUUGAUGAGCUGCUGAAGUUCGCUGCCAGGAACUACCUGGAGCGCAACAGAGAGCUGGAGAAGCUCCCCAGCUCCAAAGGCUGCUGCCUGUUUGCAUGUAUGGAGGGCAUCUCCUGGCCCUUUGUGGCCAUUUCCCUCCCUCUGGUCCUCUGGAUCUACAGCUCUGACACUAACCUGGCUGACAUGUUCAUGUCCUGA